GUGAAUAGUCCCGUCGUCCCCUUCCUCCUCUUCCUCCUCCCUCUCUCCUUUUUCUUCUUCUUCUUCUUUCGAGGAGAGGAAGGAGGCAGCCGCGCGCGCGCGGAGGCGGGCAACCUCUCCUCGACUCCUCUCCCCCACCGUUUCGUCGUCCCCGCGUGAGAGGAAGGGGAGGAGGCGGAGAUGGCGGGGGAGGAGCGGCCGGAGCGGAUCGUGGUGUCGGUGCGGCUGCGGCCGGUGAACGCGCGCGAGGCGGAGCGCGGCGACGGCUCCGACUGGGAGUGCGCCGGCCCGACCACGCUCACGUUCCGCGGCGCCGUCCCCGAGCGCGCCAUGUUCCCCGCCUCCUACAGCUACGACAGGGUGUUCAGCCAUGAGUGCGGCACGAGGCAGGUGUACGACGAAGGCGCCAGGCAGGUCGCCAUGUCAGUGCUCAGUGGAAUCAACGCGAGCAUAUUCGCGUACGGGCAGACGAGCAGCGGCAAGACCUACACCAUGGUUGGCAUCACGGAGUACAGCAUGUCGGACAUCUACGACUACAUCGAGAAGCAUCCUGAGAGAGAGUUCAUCCUGAAGUUCUCGGCAAUGGAGAUAUACAACGAGGCUGUCAGGGACCUCCUGAGCUCUGACGCAACGCCUCUCAGGCUUCUUGAUGAUCCAGAGAAAGGAACAGUUGUAGAAAAACUCACCGAGGAGACUCUGCGAGACAAAGGCCAUCUUCUGGAGCUCCUUGCUGUGUGUGAAGCUCAAAGACAGAUUGGGGAAACUGCUAUGAAUGAAGCAAGCUCCAGAUCUCAUCAAAUACUCAGGAUGACGGUUGAGAGUUCAGCUAAGCAGUUCUUGGGGAAAGGAAACUCGAGCACUCUUAUUGCUUGUGUGGUAUUGAUGAAAUACCUGCAUCUUAAUUUUGUUGAUUUAGCAGGAAGUGAGCGUGCAUCUCAGACGGCAUCGGCUGGUAUGAGGCUAAAGGAGGGCAGCCAUAUUAACAGAAGCCUGCUUACUCUAGGAAAGGUCAUUCGCCAACUCAGCAAGGGGAGAAAUGGCCAUAUCCCAUACAGAGAUUCAAAGCUCACCCGGAUACUGCAGUCAUCACUGGGAGGCAAUGCAAGAACAGCAAUCAUCUGCACGAUGAGCCCGGCACACUGCCACAUCGAGCAGUCGAGGAACACUCUUCUGUUUGCUAACUGCGCGAAAGAUGUCGUCACCAAUGCACAGGUCAACGUGGUUAUGUCAGACAAGGCACUGGUGAAGCAUCUUCAGAGAGAGAUCGCUAGGUUGGAGAACGAGCUGAAGUUUCCUGCAUCAGCCUCUUGCACUUCUCAUGCAGAGAUUCUCAGAGAAAAGGAUGAACUAAUUAAGAAUCUGGAAGAACAGUUGAAGGAACUGAUGGAGCAAAAGGACACCGUUCAAUCUCAGCUUGAUAAUUUCCGCAAAGUUGCGAGCGACGGGGAUAUCAACAAUCACUUAGCAAGGCGAUGGAGUCGGUCUUCAGACUCGAUUCCGCGCAUUGUGUCAGAAGGUGCAUUUUCAUCUUCAGAUACUCAAGACAUUGACUAUCAAGAUCAAACAAUGGAUGAACUGUCAGUACCUCACUCGUUUCCACCAAGCAGCCAAAUUUCUGACAUCACAGAGGAACACGAAGCACAGAGAGUAGCUCAUCGAGCUGAAUCUGAGCCCCCUGAGGAGCACUGCAAGGAAGUGCAGUGCAUCGAGACAAACAAGCUCAGGAGCAGGAGAAGCCAAGAAUUCUUCCAAACACCUGAAAAGAAGACACACACUGAUGAUCAAAAGCAUAGCGAAAGCAUGUCAAAUUCAGCAGAAAAUGCCAUCAAGCUAUAUGCGUGUGAUUUUGAGCCGUCAUUUGAUCUCGAGAAGCCUGAAACUGAAGAAUCUCUUGCCCUGAAGAGGUGUGUGGUUAGCUCCAGGGACAGUGCGCUUACUAGGAGUAGAAGCUGCAGAGCUAGCUUCAUGGUCAUUCCGAACAGCUGGUUCGAUGACUCGGCGAGCACGACGCCGUCGUCCGAAACCUUCAGAUAUUCUACCAGAAGGCCAGAGAAGGUGAGGAAAAGCCUGAGUCCUGAUGAGAUCGCAGACAAGAGCACGGGCAACGCUGAAGAAGACAAGAGCACCUGCAAUGCUGAAGAAGAGACUGCUGUGAAUGACAUCGGCUGCGUCACAGAAGUGAAGCAGAAGACAGAAAUGAACCAUGCACCCCAAUCUUCAGAGCAACACCAGCCGAAAAUUGCUAAAGAAGUUGCCACGGUCUCCCUUUCGAAAUGGCACAUCGAUUUCGAGAGAAAGCAGCAGGAGAUCAUCGAGCUGUGGCAUGACUGCAACGUCUCGAUCGUACACCGGACCUACUUCUUCCUCCUCUUCAAGGGCGAUCAGACGGACAGCAUCUACAUGGAGGUAGAGCACAGGCGACUCUCCUUCAUCAAGAACUCCCUCAUCGCAGACGGCGAGCUCCACGCUACCACCGCAUCAAGCUUGAGGAAUCUUCGGCAUGAGAGGGACAUGCUGUACAGGCAGAUGGUGAGGAAGCUGCACCUGGCCGAGAAGGAGAGGCUGUACGGCAAGUGGGGGAUCGACAUGAGCACCAAGCAGAGGAGGCUGCAGCUGUCGCGGCGGAUCUGGACGCAGACCGGGAUGGAUCACGUCAGGGAGAGCGCCGCCCUCGUCGCGAAGCUGGUCGAGCACCUGGAGAAGGGGCAGGCCAUCAGGGAGAUGUUCGGGCUGAGCUUCAGUUUCAAGCCACGCAGAUCUUUCAGCUGGGUCGGCGUCUACUCCCGAGACUGAAUUCUUGCCCGGCCAUGGCGAUGAACUGAUGAUGAUGUCUCAGUGGUAGAUGGAUGCGUAGUGGAGGAGACGAUGCUGCAUGUCAGGAAGGAGAGGAGAGAGAUUUUGCCGCCGGAAUUGAACUGAUGGAUUGCCCCGUUCUAUCUAUGCAUGUGAAUUGUGAUUCAGAUUU